CCUCCCUUCAAUCGCCAUAUUGGGCAACCGAGAAAAGGGCUCGUCUCCCCUUGUUUUUUUCCGUCUCGCUUUUACUACGCGGCGGCGGCGCGGGCGGCGGGGGCACCACCAGCACCACCAGUACCACCAGCACCACCACCACCACCAGCAGCGGCGGCGGCGGCGGCGGGGCAGCGCCGCUCCCCCCCCCGCGCACCGCUCCUCCACCCGCCCGGGGCUCCCCGGCGGCGGCGGCGGCUGUCGGGGUUCAUCCCCGGGCCGGCGCUUAUGCGAGGGCGAGCGCUCGCCCCUUCUCCGCGGGCCGAGGGCGAGCGGGGCCGAGGCGGGGCCGGAGAGCGGGGCAACGCGGAGAGGAGGCGCGGAGGAGAGCCGCCGAGAGCCGAGAAAUAAAAGGCGGAGAGGAGGAGGAGGAGGAGGAGGAGGCGGCUGGGGGGGGGGGGGAGAGCAGCGAGCAAAACAACCGCCGCCAGAAGAAAGAGGGUGGGGGGAGAUGUCAAACGUCCGUAUUUCUAAUGGGAGCCCUACCCUGGAGCGCAUGGAAGCCAGGCAGUCGGAGUACCCGAAGCCGUCAGCUUGCAGGAACCUCUUCGGGCCGGUGAAUCACGAAGAGUUAAACAGGGACUUGAAGAAGCACCGCCAGGAGAUGGAGGAGGCAUGCCAGAGGAAGUGGAAUUUCGAUUUCCAGAAUCACAAGCCGCUGGAAGGCAGGUACGAGUGGCAAGCCGUGGAGAAGGGGAGCUCGCCCGACUUCUACUUCAGACCCCCCAGGCUACUGAAAGCUGUCUGCAAGACCUCCGGUCGCCAGAGCUUGGAUGUAAACGGGAAUUGCCAAACCGUGGUUUUUGUCGGUUCUCAGGGAAUCUCAGAGGACACUCACUGUGUAGAUCAAAAGACUGAUGUUUCUGAAAAUCAGACGGACUUUGCAGAGCAGUGCACUGGGCAGAGGAAAAGACCUGCCACCGACGAUUCCUCUCCUCAAAAUAAAAGAGCCAACACAACAGAAGAAGAGGUUUCAGAAGACUCCCCCAGUGCCAGUUCAGUGGAGCAAACACCCAAGAAAUCAAGCCCAAGAAGACAUCAAACGUAAACCGUUUAGAGCGGAGGAUGUGCGUGUGUCCUUGUUCAUCGGGUGCGGCGGGGGGCGAUGAAGCGAGGAAGAUGUAAAAGUUGUAGUGGAAACGAAAAUACAUAUCGCCGAUCUCCGUGGGAUGGAGGUCCUGUACAAGCACUGAAAAAAAACAGCAGCAACAAAACAAAAACCAACAACAACAACAACAAAAAGCAAACAGUAACACUAAAAUUUUAGGCACUCUUAAAAGACCUGCCUCUAAAAGCAUUGGAUGUAGCAUUGUGCAAUUAGGUGUUUCCUUAUUUGCUUCAUUGUACUACCUGUGUAUAUAGUUUUUACCUUAUGUAGCACAUAAACCUUGUUGGGAGGGGGGAGGGAGUGGAAGAGGGUGACUGAUUGGAACUUGCUUUCACAAUCUAGCAAGCAAAGAAAUGUAUGAAGAGAAGCAGUGUAGGUUUUUUUAUUACUUAAAGAUGUAUUGUCCCUUUACGUGGGUCUGCCGUGUUUUUUCUUUUUUUUGUUUUUUGUUUUUUGUUUUUAAUGGACCAUGGUGGUAACCCUGCUCAGAGCAGAUUAUUACAGGCCGCUUGUGAAAUUUCGUCCUACCGCAUUAAGCUGAAGAGGUGGGAGCUGUGAUGAUCCUGUUAUGUAGUAGCAAAAGUUCUGCCCCCCCCCCCCCCCCCCGGACCUCAGAUCUAUAUAGCAAAUAUGAAUGCGUGUAAGAGUCGUGUAAAAUCAUCCUGUUGUUACAUUGCCUGAUUUCCUGGUGUUUUUUUUUUUUUUUUAACUAAUCUGGAGGGCCUUUGCUCUGAAUCUCGAAUAUUGUUGUUUUCUGAUCUGACCCACUUCCUGAAGUGUUUGUGUGUGAGGGAAAAGGGAUACUACAUCUUUAAACAGUAUUUCUACAUUGCCUGUGUACCUGUAUGUAAAAAUAAAAAAAAGUUUGAAGUGUA